AUGGCCGCUACAGGCCUUUCUACUGGUACUCAAAGGACAACCCAACAACAUCCUCCAGCCAAAACUUUCCAUCGUUUCUACAACUUCCCACCAGAGCUUCGCUGUAUGGUAUAA